AUGGGUAAAUCAACAAAAGAUAAACGAGAUAUUUAUUAUCGUUUAGCAAAAGAACAAGGCCUUCGGGCAAGAUCAGCUUUUAAACUUUUACAAAUUAACAGUGAAUUUAAUAUUUUAAAUGAUAAUGUUAAACGAGUUGUGGAUCUUUGUGCUGCACCUGGAAGUUGGUCACAAGUUCUUUCUCGAACUUUAUAUAAACCUGAUUCAGUUGAUGAUCAAGUUAAAAUAGUUGCUGUUGAUUUACAAACUAUGGCACCCUUACCUGGUGUUGAACAAAUAAAAGGUGAUAUAACAAAGCGUUCAACAAUUGAAGAAAUUCUUAAUUGUUUUACAACAUCUGAUAAUAAAAUAAAUAAAAAAGCUGAUCUUGUUCUAUGUGAUGGUGCACCUGAUGUAACAGGUUUACAUGAUAUUGAUGAAUUUGUUCAAGGUAAUCUUGUUUUAGCAGCAUUAAAUAUAUGCCUUCAUGUUUUAUGUGAUAAUGGUAAUUUUGUAUCAAAAAUAUUUCGUACAAAAAAUAUUGAUUUACUUUAUCAACAAUUAAAAUUAUUUUUUGAUGAUGUUGUUAUUGCUAAACCACGUUCAUCAAGAAAUUCAUCUGUUGAAUCAUUUAUUGUUUGUCGACAAUUUCAUUUACCCGAUAAUUUUAUUCCUAAUAUAGAUGAACCAUUUAUUUAUACAUAUGAACGUACAUUAAAUGCACAAGAAAAAUCAUCAUUUAUUAUUCCAUUUAUUGCAUGUGGAAGUUUAGAUGGUUUUGAUUCUGAUAAAACAUAUCCAUUAGAACAAGAUCAAUCAUAUAUAGAACCUGUACAACCACCAAUUCAUCCAGCAUAUGAAGAAGCUUGUGUAUUGAAAAAAAAUAAAAAAUUACCAAUAUCUUCAUCAUAA